UUCUCGUCUGUCUAUUCUGCAUUGUUGUACCACGAUGAAGCGUCGAUCGGACCAACGUAACUCAAUGCGGAAGCCAAGACAGCCGCUCGAUAUCAAGAAGAUGACUCGCAAACCCGAAGCGCAUGGAAUUAUGCGAACACAUGAGGGAAGAAAGAUGCACCCUCUUCUUGACAUGGGCUAUCUCGUACGCGGUCGUUUCCGCAUUCAUGACAUCGUUGGAUCUGGUGGCUUUGGGCAAAUCUUCAAGGGGUCUGACAAGAUGACUGGACAUAAUUUUGCUGUCAAGAUUUGCAUGGCUGAAGAUGAAGGCAACCGUCUAAUAAUUGAGCAGCGAGUUAUGGCCAAGUUGAACGGCAAAGACAACUUUCCAUUUAUGGUUGCAAGUGGCACUUUACACCUUUCACGUCGUCCAAAGUGUCACUACAUAAUUAUGGAGUUGCUUGGCCCAAGUUUGGCAGUUCUUCGAAAGACAACCCAAUCCCGACGCUUCAGUAUUGGAACUGCCCUCCGUGUUGGCGAACAAUGCCUCGAUGCGAUGGAAGUGAUGCAUCUAGCUGGAUACUUGCAUAGGGACAUAAAACCAUCCAAUAUGUGUAUUGGACUGUCUCAGUUUGGAAAACAUCGCACUGUAUUCAUCAUCGACUUUGGAAUGGCGAGAAAAUACUUACAACCAAAUGGACAACAUCGCAAUGAACGUGGAAGAGCAGCAUUUCGUGGCACAACAAGAUAUGUGUCACUAACUGUUCAUGACAGGAAGGAAACGGGUCCUGUAGAUGAUCUUUGGUCUCUAUACUACUCGAUCAUCGAAAUGGGUGAAGGAGUACUUCCAUGGAGAAUGAAGCUAAAACAGAAAGAUGUUGAGGAUAUGAAGCGAAAGUCCACAUUCACUGACCUUUGCAAACGUUUUCCUACGCACUUCUAUGAGUUCGAUAAGUCCCUGAAGUGGCUAAAAUGGGAUGAUAUGCCUAAAUAUCAAGUUCUAAAGGAUGUUCUGCGUGAGUGUUACCCUUCUGAACAAUCAACAGAAACGCCAUUCGAAUGGGAAAGAACGACUCGACAUGCUGCCUAA